AUGAGUAUUGCAAAUCUCAUGAACAGCCUCCUGGCUAUGCUAAAUGCUAGGGUGCGCGGCUCCACAACCCUCCAGGCACCCCCUCCCCCCUUGCCAAAGAAGAAGAAAGCGAAGAAGACUACGAGUGGUGCCGGUCAGAGUAAGGCUCCCCGUAUCACGAUGACCGCGAGUGUAUCAUCUUCUACCCCGGCUGCGGGCACGACAGAACCAGUUGACGACCAGCUCACUUUUGAUGAACCUGCUGAGAAAGAAGAAGAAGAAGAAGAAGAAGAAGAAGAAGAAGAAGAGGCAUCUCCCUUCGUUCGUCGCGAAAAGAGGUUAGGCGCCCCCUUUCUCAUGGCGGGAAAAAAGCUCGCCCCAUUGAGAUAG